AUGGAGGAGCGGAUUCCAGAUAUCGGUGGUAGUAGCAUCAGUGGCUACCACCUGCAUCCACCACCCAAGGACCACUACCCAAAUCCUUUAUUUGAUAGUAAUACACAACCUAUAACAUUUCAAUCUAAGCAAGGAGAUGAAUUGAGUACAUACGUGGUACAUUUUCCCAAAGAUCAAAUUUAUCGUGUUCCACACCCCAAAAAUGCUGAGAUUUUUGAACGUUACCGUAAUAGUUUGGCGGCAGGUAAUAAAAGAUCGGUUUGCACUCGUGUCUUGUGGAUUAUUAUGAUCUUGGUUAUCAUUGGUGUUAUCAUGGUCAUAACCCUAGCGAUUUUGAAAAAGGUUUUUAGCCCUAAACCGAUUGUUUUCUCCAUCUUGAACAUGCAUGUUACAAACAAAUCACGAAUUGAGUACAACAUUUUUCUUAAAGCAAGUAAUCCUAAUGAAAAAGUUACAGCUAGUGUUGCAAGAAGUGAUGGUGGUGCCUUGCUAUUUUUCAAGACAAGAAUACUUGCCACAGGCGACUUUCCGAAAUUGCAACAAAAACGAAGCAAUUCAAAUAUCAUUCAUUUGAACCUAGUCGGAUCAAAAGUUGUACCUAAGGAGAUUCGCCAGAGUAUCAACGGCAAAAAAAUCAAUCAUCAAAUUUCAUUGAAUCUUAAAAUGAAAUUUCACACCGAUAUGAAUUUAGGGUUCUUGAAUCUUCAAAGCAAUGACAUCGAUAUGGAUUGCAAAUUCAAAGUUAACACAUUGAGGGGCACAGGUACAAGGAUUUUAUUGCAAAAUUGUGUGGUUAAUUAA